GUCAGCAAGUGAUCUGAAGCGGACUGCAUCCGUGGACAGUUAAAGGGGUGUGCGCCCCGGUUACUGGGAUACAAGUGGUGGUUAUUAAAUUUGACAAUAAACUUUAAUUUAUACUAUAUGAAUUGGAAAUAAUACGUGAUCGAUAUGGGAGGAUUACUCAGUUAUUUUCGUAAUUUGCUUGGCAGCCGGGAAAUGCGAAUUUUAAUUCUAGGCUUGGACGGAGCCGGGAAAACUACGAUUCUGUACAGGUUGCAGGUUGGUGAGGUGGUUACAACAAUACCUACUAUAGGAUUUAACGUAGAACAGGUUACAUAUAAAAAUUUAAAAUUUCAAGUGUGGGACCUGGGAGGUCAAACUAGUAUAAGACCAUAUUGGAGGUGUUAUUAUUCAAACACAGAUGCAAUAAUCUAUGUUGUGGAUUCAGCAGACAAGGAUAGGAUAGGCAUAUCAAAAGAUGAACUAAUUUAUAUGUUGAGAGAAGAAGAAUUACAAGGUGCCAUUUUGGUGGUCUUGGCAAAUAAGCAAGAUAUGGCAGGGUGUUUAAGUGUUGCAGAGGUGCAUCAGGCACUGGGAUUAGAUGCUCUUAAAAAUAGAACGUUCCAAAUCUUUAAAACAUCUGCAACAAAAGGUGAAGGGCUAGACCAAGCAAUGGACUGGUUGUCAAAUGCGCUGCAAAGUAGAAAAUGAUUAACAUUAUUAAAAACUUUUUUUACCCAAGCCUUACUAAGACUAGUCAUAUGACUGUCACUUUGAACCACCCAUGCAGAGCUGGGCACAUCAUUCUGUUUAUUUAUUAUAAUUAUGUUUUAAAUAGCUUUACGAAU